AUAUUAUCUGAAGAUUCUCACCGGGCUUUAUUAGAAUUCAUGAAAAAAGAUUAGCAAAUUAUAAUUGAAACGUGAAUAUUGUAUAAACCAAUAGUAUAAAUAAGGAAAUCAAUUAAAUUUCAAUCAGAACAAUGUUUCGAAAAUCUUUUUGUGACGUUAUUAUAAUAAAUUUAAUUAACUCGUGCGAAAAAAGAUUACUCAUACACGACAAAACACUAAUAUAUAAAUAUAAACGAAAUUUUUCGAAUACAAACAUAACUUUACAAAAGAAAUCGUUAUUUACUUACUCGUAUAAAAUGACUAAACAUAGUUUAAUGGAUCAACCUGCUCCUUCUAACCUUGUUCUUCAAAAUCAAGAAGGCGAAUCGGUUGAAUUAAAGUCUUUUAUUGGUAAUGGUAAACCAUCAGUUAUAUUCUUUUAUCCUAAAGACGAAACUUAUGGCUGCACCAAAGAGGUUUGUAGUUUUCGUGACUCAUAUUCAGUAUUUUCCGACGCUGGCGCUACCGUAGUUGGUAUCUCUUCGGAUCCUGUUGACAAGCAUAAAAGAUUCUAUGAUACUCAACACCUUCAAUUCCCAUUAUUAUCCGAUCCAAACAGCGAAGCAAGAAAGCUCUACGAUGUCCCGAAGACUUUAGGUUUUUUACCCGGAAGAGCUACUUUUCUGAUUGAUAAAGAUGGUAUCGUUCGCGACGUUUUUAAUUCUAUGAUGGAUUUUGAAGGCCACGUCAAAAAAUCUGUAGAAUUCGUUAAAAAUCAAGUUGUUUCUACCUAGAAUAUCUAUCAUACUUAUAUUGCAAUCUGGUAAUUUUAAUUAAUUAAUACCAAAUAUAGUCUAAUAUAGGUUGACAUUGAUUCGAAUUUAUUUAUUGUAAUUUAUUGAAUAUUCUAUGACACGCAAAAAAAAUUUAUAUUCAAAUUAUUCAAA